UGCUGAGAUAUCUUAUUCUUGCAUACUUGAAUGGGUUUGAUUGUCAAUAGAACACGUUAGCUUGAAGAAUUGUUAUAAAAGCUUCCAAGUACUGUGCUGCACCUCUCUCUCUCUCUCAUCAACCGUAACUUGGUCAGAACGGAACGUUCUUCCUAUUCCUCGCCAGCCCUGAUACUAGCCGUUUGUUACUACACCAAAAAUUUGCCAACCCACUUACUUGCAUACCCGUCCCCACACCCGAUGCCCCCGUUCUACGAAAUGGCAGUCGCCCGUUUUGGGCAAUCAUCCUCGAAAGCCAAAUGGGUAAUCGUCGUCGUAUUCACACCAUCUAGCCAUUCCUUGGUCUAUCAAAUCGCUGGCUCGGCUGCUGACUACAGCCUAGAAGCGCCACAAUCAGUCACACUCAAGGAUGGGGAGAAUGGUUAUUUUGGGAGGGCACCCAUAGGACUGGUGGACUCCGAGAACUUACAUCUGCUCCACAACACACUCGCAUCCAUUCCUGUCGUUCGAGGGGAUGCCUCAUGGAGCAGCCACAAUUGGGUUAUGGAGGGCAUAGCCGCUCUGCGAAAAGUACAAGGACAUCAUGUCGACAAGCACGUGUCGAUGCAGUGGAUAUCAGAACAGCUAGGAGGGAAGUAACUCGGGUCAUUGGUGCCCGAGGGAGAGUCCGCUUGCCGUCAUC